GGCUGGAUUUUCAAAAUAAGGCGUUGACGUUUGACCUAAAUUACACUUUUUAUUAAAUAAAAUAUUAAAUAAUCAAUCGCAGUUAAAAAUUAUAUCACACAGACGCUUAUUUUAAUCCUAGUUACCUCCUAAAGGUCCCGGUUAAUCUCGCUACUUCCAACUGCUGUCAAUGUCGAGAGACUUCGCUUUACUUAAAUAUUUUUUAAUAUGAAUACAAUAAAUAUUCCAAUUAUACUUGAAACAACAUUUUUUUAAUUAAAUAAUAUAAUAACAGUAUAUCCGUGCUCGAAAUAUUAACGUGACGUCGCUUCUCCGACGAACCAAAAUGGCGCCUCCGCCUUCCAACUAUCCCGGCUGCGAUUGGCUCGCUGACAUUGUCCGAGCCUUCUCAUUGGCUGCUUGUGGAUUCAGUUUGACCGUCAACUUCCGGGUUGGUGUCCACGAGCUGCAGAGGAGUCUGAGAGGUUAUUUCUUUUAAGGUCGUGAUGGCGGAAGGUGCCGACGUCGUGAGCUGCGAGCCUCCCGGGGAAGAGGAGCAGGGAGCCGGGGGAGAAGAUGGAGGAGAUGGAGGAGGCUCGGAGAGGGAUGGUGGAGCCGCUUUGACUGAUGCUCAGAGAGACGUGUUGGAAAGAUGUCUUCAUACUCUCAGACACGCACAAAACGACAGCCACACGCUGGCUGCUCUUCUGCUGAUCACUCGUCUGUGCCCGGCGAGCCAACUGGACAAACCCACCUUGAGACGUAUCUUCGAGGCCGUGGGACUCAACCUUCCCGCCCGGCUUCUGGUGACAGCAGUCAGAGGGCGUGAGAGCUCAGGUCUGCCCCCACAUGAACUCCUUUCAUUGGGCACAGCUCUGUUGGCCGCCUUGAGCACAGACCCAGACAUGGCCUCCCAUCCCCAGCUCCUCACCACCAUCCCGCUCCUGCUGGGCCUUUUAGCAAAUGGUCCUGUAUCCAACGAGCAGGAGGAGAAACCAGCUGGAGAGACAGGGAAGAAUGCAGAUAGUAAAGUACAAGCAGAAGAGAGUUCAGGUCCAGAGAGUAAUCCUGCCAAAGUGGAAAAAUCAGCAGGGGAGAGAAAUGCCAGUAAACAAAAUGGUGAUGACGGCAGCAAAUCAAACGGAGUGAAAACAGAAACGCCCCCAUGUCCCCGUCUCGAUAAGGCCAUGGCUGCCGACUGCUACCAGGUUUUGACGGCAGUGUGUGCUUUACCCAGGGGUCUUGACCAGCUGCUGGGCAGAGGGGCCAUUCCUGCUCUGUGUCAAGCAGUGGAACAAAACCAGACUUUCAGCCGUGAGCAGGGGCUCCCCUUGCUGGGUUGCCUCCUCUCUGGCAGAACCAAGGACAAAGCGUGGAGUAAACACCCCGCCGAGCUUCACGCCCUGCUGGAGAAGCUCUCCAAAGAUUUCUGUCAGUCCACAGAGCAGACCCGACUGGACAGGUGCUCCCAGCUGGUGCAGUUCCUGCCCCCAGUGGGAUUGGCCGCAGCCAGUGAUGAGCUGAAGGGAGUCGUGAGCCGUGUGUGGGGGACUUUAAGACCCAUGAUGCAGUCGAAGUUGACACCGAGGCAGAUCAGGCCCAUCCUGGUCCUCAGUGCGUGUCUGCUGGAUUUGUACGGGUGGGAGCAGGUGGGACCCCCGAAGACCUGCUGCUUACUGGUGAACCGGGCCUGCGUGGAGGUCAGGAUGGGCCUGGAGGAGCCGCCCGGCAACGAGCUGAGCCCAGAGCUGCAGCACACACUCACAGGCUGUUACAGAAUCAUGGAGGCUGCUAUAGAGCAGGCCUGCAGUCCAGCACUGACUCAGAGCGCUGCACCUCCUCCGAGCUCCGUGUCCUCGCUCAGCCUGCAGCAGAGCCAGCAGAUCCUCACUGUCCUGCAGGAGGCCUUCUCCGCUGUGAUUUACCACCUGCAACAGGUGGAUCCGAGUCAAUACGGCGACCCUUUCAUUUUCGCCACAUUCCGCUCUCUGUGCUCAUGGCUGGCCGAGGAGACGUCCUGUCUGAAGGAGGAAGUGACUGGACUGCUGCCUUUCCUGAUCGGCUACGUCCAAAGCCACAUGCGGGGGGAGAGCCCCGAGGAGGGCCUCUCUGACUGGAUGGCCGAGAUGUCUUUCUCCGAGGAGAGGGGGCCCUGGACGGGCAGAGAACCUCUGAGGUAUCUCCUCCCAGCUCUGUGCCACCUGUCGGCAGAGGAAGGUCCCAGGAAGGUGCUGCUCACGCUCGACACCCCGGCCCUGCUGGUGGACUUUCUGACCCACAGCUGGAACUCCCUCAAGGGGAAAGGUGGGGUGGCGUCCAGCAGGGAUCCCAGCAUGGAGACGGCCUGUUCAGCUCUCCUCAACUUCACCGUCACAGAGCCAGAGAGAGUCAGGAAGGAUGCAUGUUUCAGAACUCUGGAGGCUUUGCUGAGUGAAGCACUUCCUGUGUUGGUGCAUAAACCCCGCCUCCUCGUCCUUGCAGCGAAUAUGUGCACUUUGGGGCUAAUGAUUGGUCGACUCAGAUCAGCUCCUACAGGAUCAGUGGAAGCCAGCCAGAGGCGUUUCUUCUCCUCAGCUCUCCGGUUCCUCCGCGGCGCCCUGGACACCGGAUCCAGCACCAAGCUGGUUCAGGUGAGCGUCAGCUGGGAGGAGAACUGGGAUGAGGCCGCCGAGCUCUGGAGGCUGGGCUUGCAGGCCCUGGGAGGCUGCGUCCGUGCUCAGCCCUGGAUCACCACGCUGGUCAGAGAGGAAGGCUGGCUCAAGCACACACUGGCCAUGCUGGGCCAGUGUAGCGCACUAGCUGACAAGCACACGCAGGGGGCGCUAGAGGAAGCUCUGUGCGCCGUGGCAGAGCGGUGUCCCCUCUGUAAACAGGAGAUCGGGGACGUGAUGAGGAAUGAAACAGGAGCUUUGAGCUGCAUGCGGAACCUGAAGAAGACAAUGAUGGUGAAGUGAAACCAAACUGCUGCCGAUGGACAAACAGUGCGUUUUCAACUUAAAACCUUGAAAAUGAAGAAGCACUAUGGAAAUAAACUAGCACAGCCAUUAAUGAAGCCCAGCUGAUGUGUUGUUUAAAAUGUUUUAUAUUAUAAAAACCUCCCAGAAACAAACACUUGAGCAGACUUCUGUCUGAUAAAACCACUUAAAAUGACAGAAACCAUCAUCAAACUGACGCGUAUUUGUAUUUUUGGUCAAUGUGGAUUUGCUUGUCCAUCUUUAUGUAGUUUAUGAUUCUGACCUUGACAAUGUGUCCUGGUUUUUCUGUGUAAAGAGAUGAAAAGACACCAAAGCUCUCAAAUUGAAAAUAGGUCAAAUUAUGUUUCCAUUUAUAUGUUUUUUCUGUGUAACUUUCCCUCCUCAGACUGAGACUGAAAUGCUUUUUAUCUUAACUAUUUACACCAGUGAAAAUAAUCUGAACCAUAAUCUACAACCACAUACAUGUAAAGCCUGUGGAGACAGCUGUGCCCUGGAGACAAAAGGUUUUUCUUUUCCUCCCAGGAAUCUCAAUACACACGAGCUGUUUCUUACACGUGAACCCUGAGAUGUAAAAAUACAUUUAAUAAAGAAUUAUUUUGUCAGAGAACUGAAAA